UCGCGAACGGUAAAAAGAGGGGAAGGGAAAAGUUGAGUCCUUUUUGUCGAAUAAUUCGCUUCUCUUUCUGUCCCUCUUCUUCUCUUCGUCGCCUUGCUCCGGGUCGAAAGCCUUCCGAUCGGUCUUCCUCGGCGGGGAUUUUGCCCUCGGGGAGCUGCUCUGUGGGCCGGCGCGAGGGUCGUGGCGGGGAUCGGCUUACCCUACGCGAGCAGGGCGUGGGAGCUCGGCUUAGGGAUUGGAGCGGUUGAUUUGGGUUUGGAUCCGGUAGUCGGAGCGGCGUCGGCCGCCGGUGGGAGCGCCGGCGGAUGGCGUUGUUCAGGAGGCUUUUCUACCGGAAGCCGCCGGAUCGGCUGCUGGAGAUCUCGGAGAGAGUCUACGUUUUUGAUUGCUGCUUCUCGACUGACACUCUUGGGGAACAAGAAUACAGUGACUACCUGAAUGGGAUAGUUACCCAACUGAAUGAUUACUUCCCAGAACCCUCUUUCAUGGUGUUUAAUUUUAGAGAAGGUAAUCAAAGGAGCCACAUUUCAGACAUUUUGUCUGAUUAUGGCAUGACGGUCAUGGAUUAUCCUGUUCAGUAUGAAGGGUGUCCUCUUCUUCCGCUCGAGAUGAUCCACCACUUUUUGAAGUCGAGUGAGAGCUGGCUGUCAUUGGAAGGGCAACAUAAUGUGUUGCUAAUGCACUGUGAGAGAGGAGGUUGGCCGGUGCUUGCCUUCAUGCUCGCUGGUUUGCUCCUUUACAGAAAGCAGUACAAUGGAGAGCAUAAGACUCUUGACAUGGUGUAUAGACAAGCCCCUAAGGAAUUACUCCAUCUUUUGUCUCCCUUAAACCCCCAAUCUUCUCACCUAAGAUAUCUUCAGUACAUAUCAAGACGAGGCAAUGCAUCAGAGUGGCCUCCAAACGAUAUGCCUUUAACCUUGGAAUCCUUGAUUCUCAGGGUCAUCCCUAAUUGUGACGGGGAAGAUGGUUGCAGACCAAUGGCUCGCAUCUAUGGUCAAGAUCCCUUGGCUCCUAAAAGGAAUCCAAAGAUCCUCUUUGCAACUUCUAAGACCAAAAAACACAUUCGAUAUCACAAACAGGGGGAGGGGACUCCAUUAAGGAUAAAGACCCGUUGUCGUGUUCAAGGAGAUGUAGUUAUUGAGUGCAUUCAUAUUGAUAAAGAUUUAGAAGACGAGAAGAUGAUGUUCAGGGUGAUGUUCAACACAGCUUUUGUCCAAUCUAAUACUCUGAUCCUGUCUCGUGAGGAAAUUGAUGUUGUGUGGAAUUCUGAGGAACAUUUUCCUAGAGAUUUCAAAGCUGAGGUGAUAUUUUCAGACUUUGAUACUUAUGAAUCUGAUUCAAGUUCUGAAACAUUGGUCGAAGAUGGUAAUGAAACAGAAGGUAAUUUCACUGAGGCUGAGGAGUUUUUUGAGGCAGAGGAAAUUUUUACUAAUGCAGACUGGCAUAAUGCAAAUCGAGAUUCUGAAGCAGCUGCAACUAAAAGUGGAACUUCCAUAACUGGUGGGAAUACUACAUCAGAAAUACAUAGUUUAACUGGUGGAGCAAGAAAUAGAUUUGAGCGAAGCAAAGAUCAAGUGAAUUCAAAUACAAGUGGUUCCAAUGAAGUAGCAGGUGUAGUUGCAGAAAUUACAAUGACAAAAACUCCUACUGUGCCAGGUCCAGCUGAGGCCCAUUCCAAAUUUGACAAAUCUGACCAUGAUGAUGAUUUUGUGACAGAGAAAUCAGUCACUUCAGAAUAUGUGGUUCAUAUUGAAGAGAAGGGUGUGAUAGAAAGCAGCACAAGGCAACAAAACUUCAAGGGAGUUGCUUCAUUUUCCGAAGAGAAGAAUUUUAAUAAUAUUAACAAGCUUAAGGUUGAUUCUGAAGGCGUGCCAAUGAAGGCUACCAAUCUUAUCUAUAAGAAUCCAAGUCAGGACAAAAUUCAUCAUGAAAGAGAGACCGAGUAUAUCAGACAUCCAGAUAAAUUUGAACCUUAUAGUGUAAGUACAUUAAGCACCCCACAAGAGACAAUGACUAAAUUUUCUACUAUCUCUAGCAUUAUUGAUGGUAAAAUUAUCAGUGAAAAUUCCAUAUCUCUGGAGGACACCUUUCCUUGUCAUGAGAAGAACAUAGUAGAAGUCAAUGAAAUCAAACACGUGGUGAAGGAAAUUGUUGCAGUUGAUGUCGAAGAGAUGAAUAUAGUCGAAACCUGCAAGGAUGAUCACGAUGCAGAUAACCAAAUUAUUGAAAAGACAACAACCUCAUGUAAUAUGAUUUCUACAAAAGAAAUUGCAACUGAUGUAGAAGCUUUAUCAGAAAAUAUUGACUCAAAAUUUUAUCAAGAGAAUGUUACCAUGAGAAACCUGGUUGACAAUGGUUGCCAUCAAGAGGGACAAAAUAUGGCAAGAGAACUGAAGUUUAAACCAAAAAAGGAAACAGAAAGUUCUGUUACUGAAAAGAAGACAGAGACCAAGGCCCUUAUUCAGAAGACAAAAAAUAAUGAGCAAAAACAAACGCCAGAAGUAUAUCUGCCUUCGACAAUGGAGAAAUCAUUAACAAGCACAACACAACCUGACUCUCCAGUAGGUAAACCAAUUGUCAAGAAACAGGACUCUUAUGUUGGUCCAAAGAAAUCUACAAAGCCCAAAACAAUUGUUAGGUGGAUCUCACCAAAGAAAGACGCCAAUGCUACUUCAUUCUAUAUUCCACCCCAUCCUCCAUCCAGAUAUAACAGUGCACCUCCUGCUCUGGCCAUCUCUGCAGCUCAAGAUCAAUCUUUUGCAGGUCCAGUGUUGUCUUCAAUUGAGGAAGUACCUCAAUCUUCUUCAGCAUCAGACAUUCUACCUGCAUCUGGAAAUCCACCUCCCAAGUUGCAAGCUCACAAUAUUUCACCCCUGCCGCCGGCCUCACCUCCUACCUCACUCCCAAGCCCAUCCAUUUCAGUUCCUACUCCAAAGACAGAAACUGUUGAUACUAUAUCUACUUCCUCACCAUUGCCUCCAUUGCCUCCACGGCCGCCGCCACCGCCUCCACUGCCUCCACCAACACCUUUUUCCUCAUUUGGAAUCUCAUAUGGAUCUUUUCAACUAUCCUCUCAAACUUCUUCAGUAAUCAAUGUUUCUCAUACAAAAGUUCCACCACCUCCUCCUCCUCCUCCUCCUCCUCCAUCUAGUAAAAUUGAUUCCUAUGCUACACAGUCGGAAACAUCCACUAGAUAUUUGUCAUCCCUACUGAUCAAUCCUCCUCCUCCUCCUCCACCACCACCACCACCACCACCACCACCACCACCUCCAUUGUCUAAAGCUUAUGCUAAAGCUCCUUCAAUGGCACCUCCUCCCCCACCACCACCUCCUUUGCCUUUCUCAAGCUCUUCAAAGUUUCCUAAUAGUUCUAGUCUUAUGCCGCCGCCGCCGCCGCCGCCACCACCUCCGGCACGUGCGAUUCUUGCACCACCACCACCACCACCACCACCACCACCACCUCUGACACGUGCGAUUCUUGCGCCGCCGCCACCACCACCAUUAGCACAUAAUAAUGUUUCUUACUCACCUUUGCCUCCACCUCUUUUUAAUCCAUGUGGACCUCCUCCUCCUCCUCCACCACCACCACCACCACCACCACCUCCUCCUCCACCACCUCCUUCUAACCCACGUGGUGCUCCACUGCCGCCGCCACCUCCUAAUCAGCAUGGUGUUUCUCCUCCUCCUCCUCCUCCACCACCACCACCACCACCUCUUAAUCCACGUGGUGCUCCUCCACCACCACCACCACCACCACCACCACCACCACCACCUCCUAAUCCACGUGGUGCUCCUCCUCCACCACCACCACCUCCUCCUCCUCCUCUUAAUCCACAACAUGCUCCUAACCCACAUGGUGCUUCUACUCCGCCGCCACCGCCACCUCCACCUCCUCCAACUAAUCAACGUGGUGCUCCUCCUCCACCUCCUCCACCACCUAUUGGGCCACAAAAUGGUGCCCCCCAUCUGUCACCUCCUCUAGGGACACGUGGUAUUGCUCCACCUCUGCCCCCUCCUCCAGGUCCGCGAGUUAGUGCUCCUACACCACCACCACCACCACCAGGCACCCGUGCACCCCCUCCACCCCCUCCAGGACCACGUGGUGGUCCUCCUCCUCCUCCUCCUCCCGGUUCACGUGGAGGUGCACCUCCUCCACCUGCCCCACCUAGGGCACCAGGUGCACCGCCACCUCCACCAACCAAUGGUCAAGUUGAUGCGAGAGGAGCAAUGCCAAAUGGAGGAAGAGGUCGUGGACUCACACGUUCUACAGCAUCAAAUCCGGCAUGUUUGGCACCCCGUAGGUCAUCGCUGAAGCCAUUGCACUGGGUGAAAGUAACAAGAGCUGUUCAAGGAAGUUUAUGGGCUGAGCUACAAAGAUCUGGUGAUGCUUCAAGUGCUUCAGAAUUUGAUGUGUCAGAACUUGAAAGUCUCUUCUCUACUGUAGUUCCAAAAGCAGAUGAUAGCUCAAAAUCUGAUGGACGUCGUAAAUCUGUUGGAUCUAAAUUAGAUAAAGUCCAUCUAAUUGAACUGAGGCGUGCCAAUAACACUGAAAUCAUGCUGACAAAGGUCAAGAUGCCACUCCCUGAUAUGAUGAGUGCUGCUCUGGCGUUGGAUGAUUCUAUUUUAGAUGUCGACCAAGUGGAGAAUCUCAUCAAAUUUUGUCCAACCAAAGAGGAAAUGGAGCUCCUGAAGGGUUAUACAGGUGAGAAGGAAAAACUUGGCAAAUGUGAGCAGUUUUUCCUGGAGUUGAUGCAAGUUCCAAGGGUGGAAUCUAAAUUAAGAGUUUUCUCUUUCAAGAUUCAGUUUGGCUCUCAGGUCUCUGAUCUUAGAAAAAGUUUGAAUACUAUAGAUUCUGCAUGUGCGGAGGUAUAUCUCUAUUAUGACUCUUCCUCUUCUUUUUUUUUUUCUUUCUUGUUUGUGAUUUUGACAUUUAUAUCUUGUGCAUUUGGUUUUCUUAAGAUUCGCAAUUCUGAUAAACUGAAGGAGAUCAUGAAGAAAAUUCUUUUUCUUGGUAAUACCUUAAAUCAAGGAACUGCAAGAGGCUCAGCUAUUGGCUUUCGCUUGGACAGCCUUCUUAAACUUACUGACACUCGAGCUAAUAAUAAGAUGACACUUAUGCACUAUUUGUGCAAGGUAAUUGCUUUGAGAUCUCCAAAUCUUUUGGAUUUUCAUGAGGAUCUUAUUAGCUUGGAAGCUGCAUCAAAGAUUCAAUUGAAAUCUUUGGCUGAAGAAAUGCAGGCCAUUGUCAAGGGUUUAGAAAAGGUUGGGUUAGAACUGAAUGCAUCUGAAAAUGAUGGCCCUGUCUCAGAAAUCUUCCAAAAAACCUUGAAGGGAUUUAUUGUUGUUGCUGGAGCUGAGGUACAAUCAUUAACAGCACUCUACACUGCAGCGGGUAGAAAUGCAGAUGCCCUUGCCCUAUAUUUUGGUGAAGAUCCUGCACGCUGUCCCUUUGAACAAGUUAUCUCUACACUCUCGAACUUUGUAUCGAUGUUCCGCAAAGCACAUCAGGAUAACUGCAAGCAAGCUGAACUUGAUAAAAAGAAAGCUCAAAAGGAGAGAGAGAUUGAAAUGUCUAAACCUUCGAUGCAGAAUAGUAAAGAUGACCUGAAGCAGACAAGUUUGAGUGAGCAAUUGGGGCAAGCAAAGGAGAAGGUCAAGUCUAAAAGCAAAAGCGAAAAAGACAUUAGAUGACCUCUAGUUCUCAACUUUUGGCUCGUAUCCUGGUUGGUUGCUUCCUGGCAGUGAAACUCUUUCAUCCUUUUGAGUAUAGGAAUCAAAUCCAAUGAUGGAGAAGACAGCAAUGCAAAGGCAUUCUGUUUGAAGCACGGCAGACAACGAUCAAAAAUAGGUCUGAGCCUGCUUAUUCUUUGCACAGGGAUUAUCUGAGCGCUAACGGUCUUACCUGGUGCAUUUGACCUCCAUGCCAUGCCCGAACGAGCUGUUCAACAGCUUCUUUGCUAAUUGUAGAAGCUCAAGGAUUUGGGAUUAUACGUCUGAUCCAAUGCACUAUGGCCAGGCAAGCAACUCCAACUCUACUUGUAGUACCUGUACAGAGCUAAUCUUUUGGUUUGUUUGAUUGUCUCUUUGUAAAAUCUUUUAUUCUUUGACAAGGCACGGCCAAACUAUAGAUAAUAUUAUAUUCUAAGGUAUCUGAAAGUAAAUAUCUGUAUAGAGCCCGAUUUUAAUGCGAUAGGCUCUGACUUGAGCCCAAUUUUCCGAA